AUGAAAGUACAGCAGAUGGCUGAUGCUCACGCAGGUCUUGGCAUCAGCAGAAUAAGGAUCUGGGAGUUCGUCCAGCAGCUUAACCACUGUAUUCCUGUAUCUACAUUUGGCUAUGAAAGAAUCACAUACUGCAGGAGCACAGCAGUUAGUGUGGGCUAUUAUAAUUUGGGACGCUCCAGAGUUCAGAAUUCAACUCCAGUGCCAUUCUGCAAGGAAUCUUCCCAGUGGAAUGCGUGGAUCUUCUCUGAGCGCUCUGGUUUCCUCCCACAGUCCAGGGUUCUUUUGAAGACUCUGACCUGGAGUUACACGCUGACUUCGGUUCUUUGUGGGAACGGGACCCGUUCACGGGGUUUCAGGACUGGCCAUUGCUCGGCACGCCAAGGGUUCGGCCUGAGAUUCCGGCUCAAAUUCGGAAGCCUAAGAUCUCGGGGCCCUGGAGACGGGUGGAUCGAGGGUCGGUGUCAUGGCAGGAGACCCAUCUGUUGUCAAGCGAGUCGUAAAAUCUGCUGCUGUGGGCCCAAAGACCCAAAUCAUAAACCAGCAAGUUGUUUGUUAUGUUCCCCCGCUCGCUGGGAAAAUGGAGACACCUUUUUCUCCCUUAUUAAGAAGAGAGAGAACCUGUGGGAUGUCGAAGGCUGGUUCAAUGCAUUGCUAAAUAGGAUCAGGAGAGGAAACUUGCGGACACAAUACGAAGCAACUUCAGUAGUGACAGCACCGUACGUGUUGUGACAAGCCUGUGGAAUGUGCCCUCGUCCCCUGGCUCUGAGCUCCUCAAUAAACAAACCUGUAUUUAUAGAGCAGAUUUCGGGCCUUAAGAAUUCCUAUAGAUCUUCUUAAUUGCACCAUAAGGACAGGUAGACACACAUUCCCACCAUACAUUUAUUUUCUUGCUAAGUUUUUUUUUAUUUCCCAGUCAGUGAAAUCGGUGAAGUGCUGCUGAUUGGGAACUACGACAGCAGACUGAUGAGAGACAAGCUCCCACACACUGGACCCUGAUAACAACCACAGUAACACACACAAAGAGCUGGAGGAGCUCAGAAAGUCAGGCAGCAUCUAUGGAGGGGAAUAAGCAGUGGAUAUUUUGGGCCAAGUCCCUUCAUCAGGACUUGAAAGGAAAGGACAAGCAGCCAGAAGCCAGGCACACUUUAAUUGUCCCAUAGAUACCAAAGCACGGAGGCAUAUUUUGAAAAGGUACUCCCUCCUUUUUUACAACCUGUUACCUCCCAGCUUCUCACAUCGUCCCCAAUUCAGACUACCCAUCCACCUACCUUUCCCCUCACCUAGUUUCACUCAUCACCUGACAGUUUGUACUCGUCCAUUUCCCCCGCCUUCUCAUUCCGGCUUCUGAUCCCUUCCUUUCCAAUCCUAAUGAAGGGCCUCUGCCCAAAAUGUCAGCGCUUUAUUCCUUUCCACAGAUGCUGCCUGAGUUCCUCCUGCAUUUUCAGUGUGUUGCUUUGGAUUUCCAGCAUCUGCAGAACCUCUGGUAGGUGGGAAAAUUAGUCAGCGGGCAGCUGAAGGCCCAAAGAGCCUGACUCUCAGCUAGGGGAGUCAUGAGAAGAGAGAAGGCAAGGGAAUGGUGUUGAGAGGAAUAAUUAAUCUACCAUUAUCAAAUGGCAGUGCAGACUUGAUGAGCUGAAUGGCCUAAUUCUGCUGCUAGAUCUUAUAGCUUAAUGAAACACUACUUCCAUUUCUCUCUUAAAAGACACUCGAGUCAGAGUAAUACAUCACAAAAACAGGCCCUUCAGCCCAACUCAUUGAUGCAACAACAGAGUGAGCCCCACUUGGCCCGUAUCCUUCUAACCCAGGGGUUCCCAACCAAUUUUAUGCAAUGGACCAAUACCAUUAAGCAAGGGGUCCACGGACCACAGGUUGGGUACCCCGGCUCUAAAUUUUGUCCAUCCAUGCACCUUUUAUUUCAGAUAUUGCCUGACUUAAUGGGUCACAUAAUCUUCAGGAUUUAACGACAACACAUUCCAUGGCUGGCAAACAAUGAUUAGCAUUUCUUGAAGUCGAUAAGACUAUUAGCUAAGUCCUUCAAUAUCACAUGAAGUUCUAUGCAAUUCAUUGACACGUUGUUCGGCAAUAGCCGACCAUAGAACCAUAGAACAUUCUUGGCUGUGCCGAAUCAUUUUUCUGCCUAGUCCCACUGACCUGCACCUGGACCAUAUCCCUCCAUACACCUCUCAUCCAUGUACCUGUCCAGGUUUUUCUUAAAUAUUAAAAGUGAGCCCACAUUUACCACUUCAUCUGGCAGCUCAUUCCACACUCCCACCACUCUCUGUGUGAAGAAGCCCCCCCCCCAAUGUUCCCUUUAAGCUUUUCCCCCUUCACCCUUAACCCAUGUCCUCUGGUUUUUUCCUCCCCUAGCCUCAGUGGAAAAAGCCUGCUUGCAUUCACUCUAUCUAUACCCAUCAUAAUUUUAUACACCUCUAUUAAAUCUCCCCUCAUUCUCCUACGCUCCAGGGAAUAGAGUCCUAACCUAUUCAACCUUUCUCUGUAACUCAGUCUCUCAAGUCCCGGCAACAUCCUUGUAAACCUUCUCUGCACUCUUUCAACUUUAUUAAUAUCCUUCCUGUAAUUAGGUGACCAAAACUGCACACAAUACUCCAAAUCCAGCCUCACCAAUGUCUUAUACAACCUCACCAUUACAUUCUAACUCUUAUACUCAAUACUUUGAUUUAUAAAGGCCAAUGUACCAAAAGCUCUGCAUGACACUUUAGCAUGAUCCAUUUCCUGCCUGUUAUAUACCUGUCUAACAGCCUCUUAACCGCCACUAUCUUCAUCUGCUUGUCGCACCACCCCUGGUGGCCUGUUCCAAGCAUCUUCGUAAAAUUUGUCCUGCAUAUCCCUUUCAAGCUUGCCCCCUCUCAAGUUAAAUGCAUCUCAUCCCGUAUUUGAUAUUUCUACACAAAGAAAAAAAUCCUGAUUAUCUAACCUGACUAUGUCUCUGAUAAUUUUAUUAACUUAUCUCAGGUUUCCCUUCAGCCUCCGAUGCUCCAGAGAAAACAACUCAGGUUUGUCCAAUCUCUCGUUGCAGUUCACACCCACUAAUCCUGGUGAACCUCUUCGGUACCCAUUCCAAAACAUCUACACUUUUCCAGUAAAGAGCUGGCCAAAAUUACAAACAGCAUUCCAUGUGCGGCCUAACCAAAGCUCUAUACAGCUGCAAAGUGACAUUAUGUAUUGGUUGUUCAUCAGUCUUUGUGUGUAGUUUUUCAUUCAUUCUAUUAUUUCUUUGUUCUGCAGCGAAUACCCACAAGAAAGUUAAUCUCUGAGUAGCAUAUGGUGCCAUAUACAUACAUUGAUAAUAAAUUACUUUGAACUUAAAACUAUGGUCCUUAUUCUACUAUAGAUUUAUUGAGUAUGCCAGCAAGUAAAUGAUCUCAGGGUUGUAAUGGGACAUGCUGUAUAUGUAUUUUAUUUAUUUACUGAGCUACAGCACUUCUGAACCUUUCAGCCAUGCCACACAGCACAGCAGUGAGUCAACCCUCGCCUAAUCACAGAACAAUUUACAACAAGCAAUUAACCUACCAACUGGUACGUGUUUGGACUGUGGGAGGAAACCAGAACACCCUGAGGAAACACACACAGUAACGCGGAGAAAGUACAACCUCCUCGCAGACAGCGGCAAUAACUGUAUCGUAAAGCCUUGUGCUAAACACUAUGCUACUGGGCCAGCCUUUGAUAAUACAGACCCACCAUAUGCUUCGUCUAUAUCCCUCUAUACUUUGCAUAUUCAGACGCAUCUUCCUCAUUACUCUCUGCAUUCUGCUCCCCCUAGUGUCUUAGCUUGAUCAGAUACUAAUACAUGAAAAUCAAAAGGGUUGUAGAACCCAAACAUUGACCACCCCAUUUUUAGGAAAUGCUGCCAGACCAGUGUUUUGAGGAUUUUGUUUUUGACACUGACAUGUGAAUUUUUCCAGUUCAGAUGUACAUACAUUAACUCUGUUUCUCAACAUGAAUCUACAACCUCACUCUGCUAUGCUCAUUCAAUGUGCUUUUUCCUAUGCUUCAGAUGCCAACUUCUUGACUACUUCUCUCCCAUUUAGAGGCAUAGAGCACUACAGCACAGAAACAGUCCCUUUGGCCCAUCUAGUCUGUGCCAAACCAUUUAAACUGCCUACUUCCAUUGACCUACACCUGGACCAUAGCCCUCCAUAUCCCUACCAUCCAUAUACCUUUCCAAACUUCUCUUUAACUUUGAAAUUGAGCUUGCAAACACCACUUACCCUGGCAACUCAUUCCACACAUUCACCACCCUAUGUAAAGAUGUUUCACCUUUCACUCUUAACCCAUGACCUCUGGUUGUAGUCCCACUCAACUUCAAUGGAAAAAGCCUGCUUGCAUUUACCCUAUUGACACCCCUCAUAAUUUAACAAGAUGAUUUGGUUUCUCUCCUCACACUUUAUCAGUUUAGAG